CUCUCCGACUGUCUUGUCAAUGUCGGGAUGCCAAAAGUCGGUACAAUUUUGUCACGUUGCCGGUGACGAUUCACCGUCCACGGCGGACGGAGGCAAAUAAAUCCCAGCGCAGAGUCCAUUUCUCCUCUUCACUGACAACGAAAAUGAUUUGCGCUAAGCCAAUUGUAGCGCACCCAAUUUCUUCUCCUUCUCCCCCCUCACGCCGCCGAUUCUCCCCUGCUUCUGUCAAGAUGUCGGCUAGGCAAAUCGUCGAACAUGUGGUGCUCGUUAGAGUCAAGCCGGACACAGAGCAUUCCAAGGUCAAGGACAUGGUCAACAACCUCUCCGGCCUCGCUUCUAUCCCUCAGGUCCGCCAUCUCACCACCGGUCCGGUCCUCCGUACUGAAUCGCCGUCUCUGGCGUUCACUCAUCUCCUACACGCGCGGUACGACUCCGCGUCCGAUCUCGACGAGUACAAUGCGUCUCCUCUUCACUUGUCCGCCGUCAGGACUUUCCUCCUCCCCAUCAUCGACGACAUCAUGGUGGUCGACUGGAUUUCCGAUGACUUCCACGGCUCCGUUGAGGUAGCGCCCGGCUCCAUCAUAAGAGCUAGGUUUUUGAAAUUGAAGGAGAAUUUGGGCGAAAAGGAGAAAAACGAAGCAGUUAAUGCAAUUAAAAGGAAAUUCUCGUCGAUUGAUCAAUUGACAGUUGGGGAAAAUAUUUCUCAGGCGAGGACGAAGGGGUUUUCGAUCGCUUCAAUCGGAGUAUUUGGAGGAUUGGAUGCUGUGAAGGAGUUGGAAGCGCAGAAUGAUCAGAAAGCCGGCGUGAAGGAUUUUGUCGACGACGUGUUGGUCGUGGAUUACGCCGUUCCGGCGAAUUAAAGAGUAUAUUCAAUGCAUAAAUCUGCUGUUUGUUCUCUAUUGUAGUCUAUUGUAUUCAAGCUUUUCCUGGAAAUAAAUUAAUGUAAUUUAUAAUAAUAAUAAUAAUAAUAAUAAUUUAUAAGGCCCAAA